AUGCCGCAAAAACGCCAACCGGCCCCCACGACCACCACCAUACCCUCCGACGCCGCCACCGGUACCGCCACCGCCACCACGACGACGGCCGCCCCCGACGACGCGGCGGUGCGCAAGCGCAAGCAGAACCGGCUCUCGCAGCAGUGCCUGCGCGAGAAGCGGUCCGCCGGCGUCGCCAACCAGUCGUUUUUCGAGCGGCUGGCGGCGGACAUGCGGCGGUUGCGGGAGGUGUGCGAGAGGCAGGCUGCUGCUCAGGCUCAAUCGUCAUCGUCGUCAGCAGGCUCUGUGGGAGGAGCAGCGGGAGGGGGAGCGGGAGGGGGAUUAGGAGGGGGAAGCGGUGGUGGGGGAAGUGGUGGGGGUUUGGAGCAGGUGAAUGUGGUGGCGGAGCUGGUGCGGAUCAAUGAGGGGUUGGUGGAGGAGAAUCGGUGCUUGCGGGAGGGGGUGUUGCGGAUGCGGAAGAAGUUGCUGAGCUUGAGUGGGCAGGCGAGUGCGGCGGCUGAGGACCCGGUCUUCCAAAAGAUCCUGGGCAAGGAGUCGGAGGCGGCCGAGGCUACGGCGGCGCCCAGCAAGCGGCGGAAAUGCUCGUCCAGUGCCGGAUCGGGGUCGGCAUCGGGUCGGGCGGUCGGCUCUGCAUCGUCGGAUGCGGAGGAGCCCGAUCGGAUCGAGCCCGUCCCAAUCGACGAAGGGGACAUGUUUGCACACUUGCCAGGCGAACCCUCCGGCUCCUUCAACCCUCUUUCGUCAUCCGCCGGCUUCGACAACCGCCUCGUCACCGCGAAUCAGACAGACUCCUUGCAACUCUUCCCGCGCCACCAUACCGGCCCGGAGAUAUGCUCGGCCUUCACCACAACGACCCGCCCGCCGCCGGACUUCCAAACAGGGCCAAACUUCUCCUUCUCGAACCUCCCGCAGAUUUCGCUGACCAACACGGCCAUCUUGGACGCUUGGAUGAGCCGGUCGUACGCCAAUCUCCUGGCCCAGAAGGUCGAGAACGUAUGCGUGCAGUACGCCCUCAAGUCCCGGGCCUGCAAGCUCGACAUGGGAUCCCACGCAUUCCGACACUUCGACGAAAGAACCAUGGUCGAGCGCCUGGGCGAAAUCGCCGUCCACAUGAUCUUCGACGACACCGGCCUGGGCCGGUUCAUCAACACGCUCGAGGGCGCCCGCGACUUCGUCAAGUCCGUCAUGACAUGCCGCAUCAUGAUCGGCUGCGCCAAGCCGCACGACCUCCUCCCCGACGAAGUCGACGACACGGCCUCGCCGCCCUGGACCACCGGCACCCGCCCCCUCAUCGUCGACCUGAUCGCGUGGCCGUCGCUGCGCGACCAGAUGGUCUUCCACUCCAGCUUCUACGACCUCGACGAGAUGACCGAGGACGUCGUCAACUACACCGUCGUCGACAUGCCCGACCAGCACCUCGCCCUGCAGAUGUACAGCACCCCGCCGAACCCCUUCCCCAGCGCCUGCCGCCCGGACGAGUACGACGCCGUGAAGCCCUUCCGCUUCGCCGAGUGCGAAUUCACCCACAAGAUCCUGCAGCUCCCGACCCAGGACCUCUUCGACAUCAUCGCCCGCCGCAUGGACGCCCCGCCGCCCGCCACCACCACCGACUACUGUGCCGGAGCGGGGGCCGCCGGCGCCGUCUACGCCCAUUCCGAUCUCCUGGGCUCGGCGCCGAGCGAAUGCAUCCCGGCCAAGACGACGACGUCGAGGACCUUUACCGGAUAUAAGCUGAGCGGCGCUUUCUUCAAAAAGUAUCCCUUCUUGCAGUGCUCGUCGUUGGCGUCUCCGUAUCCCUUCUUACCCUCCUGCAAGGUCGCGACAUAUUAG